AGGACACGAAGCUUUAUAACAGCUAUAAUUGUGAAUAGUAUUUAAACUACGUAUCAGAUCUCUUUGUUUUCUGUAUGUAUUUAUGUACAUAUAGAAAUACUGAUUCAUUUAGUGUGCUUGAAACUGAGAGAUCACCAUAUAACAAUGUAUUUAGUGCAACAGUGGUAAUUGGCCUAAUAAUGUUUAGGAGAUCUGUGCGUUCCCUUUGGUAUAAGGAACACCUGAAAAAGAAAGGAUAUGUGUUUUCUACCUCUCAACACUCACACAACGGACUGUUUACAAUAUUUUUUUUUGAAAAUAGAUGUUCAUUCAGAGAGCUGCAAUGGGUCCCAAGUCUCCCAAGAAGAAUCUGGUAUUUUCGUUCGCCUGCAUAAUAAUGGCAUGGAACUUUCUGUACAUCUGAAUAAAGUUGUCUUUUGAAUAUGCUUAAAGUGGGAGAACUUCUGUGACCUAAUGGUAGCUGGUUCCAGUCAGUAACAGUCGGUGGCAGAAAGGAGUUAGCAAAAAGUUGGGUACGACAAUGCAGGUUCUAGAAUUGCCGACAUUUCUAAGAUUGUAUACGGAUGUUUGCGCAACAAUUUCAGGUACCAAAGAAGAAAGAUUCUGUGGAGUUAAAUGAGUUUUCAUUUUGUAGAAAAAAGUGAGUCUGUGCUCUUGUCUUCUGACUGAGAGGUUGGAAACCAGUUUCUUUAUAAAGAUUUUUAAAAGAAACGAGUUUGGUGGCUCCAGUGAUGAUUCUGUAUGCUUCGAGUUGGAUUUCCUCAGGUUCAGGUUUAUCAUGUUGGGUAAUGUUGCCCCAUACGACAUCAAAAUCCUCCUGGAGAGGCCGUAAAAAAGACAGAUAGGUAGUUUCAAGAGACUUACGGUCAGGAAUAAAUUUUCAGGUUCUCGUUAUAUUUAUACGUUUCCAUGCUUUUUCUUUAAUGUUGUCAAUAUGUUCGUGCCAGUUUCCGACGUUUAAAAAUAUUACGCCAAUAUGCUUAUGAGACGUCACCUCGUUGAUUGGAACACCAUUCAUGUACAAAGAAGGAUGUAGGGGUUUGUUAGUUUUACGAGAAAUGAGAAGAUAUUCUGUUUUCAACCAGCCGGUCAUUUUCCCACUCAUCUUUUUUCAUUUGGUCCAGAUUUAGGGUUCCGCUGCACUGAUGGGAAUGUCAACAACAAUGUAUAAGCUAAUAUCAUCAGCAAUGAGUCUGAUAUUUGAACUGAUAUUGAGGACAAUGUCGUUAAUUAAGACGAUGAAAAGAAGAGAACCAAGAAUAGAAUCUUGUGGUACACCUGCUGAAAUAUAAACAGUAUUAGAGGAACCCACUGUAAGAACAACUUUCCGCUUUCUCUCGGAUAAAUAGUCACGAAACCAAUUUAACAAGCAUCUAGAUAUACCUGUAGAUUCAUACGCGGUCAAAGGCUUUAGAGAUAUCACAGAAGACUGCGCGGACUUUUUUACCUUCAUCUAAUGCUUGGCAAAAAGUAUUAUAUAUAGAAACAAGUUGGUUGGUAGUUAAGUCAUUGGGAAAAAUCCAGAUUGGAGAGCUAAGAUAGUGCUGUUUCCUGAAAACAAGCACAAAUAUUGUUCAUCUGGCACCAGGACGCAGACGCGGAUUACAUCCGGACUACUAAUCGUGCUAGCAAUUUCACUAACUUUUCUGUUUGUCACGUGUGAAAUUUACAUUUCGCCAAAAGGAAAUGAUUAUAAACAUCUUCCAUUCAAUGUGAAUAAGGAUCCACAUUUUGACUACGAAAAGGAGAUGGAUAAAUUAAACGAAGAACGAGUGACACAGGAUGAUCCCCGCCUGGUUCAGUUGAUAAGGAACUACUACAUAGAGCAACCAUCCGAAGAACCUUAUAAAUUGUUGGAUCCCGAAAGACGAGACCCGUCUUUGGACCAGGCAGUAUUUGUGGAUAGAACGCUUAGAAAUAUGGCAAGCGGCUUUUUCGUCGACAGUGGAGCACAUGACGGAGAGAUUCAAUCAAAUACACUGUUCUUCGAAAGAAUUAGACACUGGACUGGCAUUCUUAUAGAACCACAACCUAAACUUUACCAGCAAUUAAAAAGCAAGCACAGAAAGUCUUUUCAUUUAAACGCUUGCGUUUCCUUCAAAGGUAAGAUUACAUACCUCCGGAUUUAUGUAAUGCUUCUAAAUUUAGAAAAAAAGUCAGUAUUUGUUAAAAAAAGUAAAGUAAAUGAUCCAGUGACUUCGAGACUAGAUAUGCAGUGUCAAAUUUACAUUUCACCAAAGAGAAAUGUUUAUAAAAAUCUUCCUUACAAUGUGAACAAGGAUCCAAAGUUAGGCUACGAAAAAGAGAUGGAUAAACUAAACAAAGAGAGAGUGAAGCCGGAUGAUCCCCGCCUGGUCCACUUGAUAAGGAACUACUACAUAGAGCCGCCAUCCCAAGAACCUUAUAAACUGGGGGAGCCCGGAAGACGAGACCAGUCUUAUGGUCAAUCAGUAUUUGUGGAUGGAACACUGAGAAAUAUGGAAAGCGGCUUUUUCGUUGACAGUGGAGCGCAUGAUGGAGAGAUUCAGUCAAACACACUUUUCUUUGAGAGGAUUAGACAUUGGACUGGUAUUCUGAUAGAACCACAACCUGAAAUUUACAAACAACUGAAGCGAAAACACAGAAAGUCGUUUCUUUUAAACGCUUGCGUUAGCGUUGUUCCUUAUCCGUCGAAGGUAAAAUUUUUGCCGACGUCCUUCUAUGGAAAGAUGGUUGAAAACGUUACAAGUGAAGACAAAUGGAUCAAGGAAGGGUUCAAAGAGAUAACCGUACAGUGUUUUCCUCUGUAUUCUAUUUUACUAGCCAUGAACCAGUUAACGGUAGACUACUUCAGUCUAGACGUUGAAGGUCUCGAAGUGGGCAUUCUUAACAAUAUACCUCACGAUAAAGUGAAAAUUAGAACUAUUUCUAUAGAAUAUGACAAGGUUGAUGGCGGAGCAGAAAAAUUAAAAACAUUAAUGAAGGAGAAAGGCUAUAAAUUUUUAGUUAAAAUGGAUUCGCCUGGAGCUUUUGACUGUAUUUUCUAUAAAUAGGUGUGCUGUAUUUGGUCGGCAAAGAUUCAAAGGCUCUAUUUCGAUCUCAAGCCAAAGUUAUUGUGCCACUUGUUUCACUAAUUUGAGCCGCGUCAUGAGAAAACCAACAUAGUGCAUUUGCGACCAGUAUGGUCAGAAUUCAUGCUGUUCGCUAGCGGAUACUCUAAUUACAAUAGGCUUUGAAAGCGAACAGCAUGGAUCCUGACCAGACUGCGCGGAUGCGAUGCGCAGUCUGGUCUGGAUCCAUGCUGGUCGCAAACGCACCAAGUUGGGUUUUUUCAUGGCGCGGUUCAUUUGUAGGCUCUACUUUGUCAUACUCUUCAGAAGUAUGCUAAGGUAAUUUACAUGAAGCUUUGUAAACGAAAUUUAAAUGUUGGAACUAUUGCAUGUAAUGCAAGUAUAUAUGGCGAAUUGGGUGGACAUCCAUCAUAAGUAAACAGAUAUGCUAGAAUAUUGGUGUAAAUUGAUAAAUACUGAUAGUAUAUAAUACUGGAAUCAAUUUAUGAGCUAAGUGUAUCCGAUUGUCAAAAAAGGCCUGAAUAAUCGGAUCACAGAUGUUAAGACUAUGUUAGAUAUAUCUUGUUUUUCAGAAUGUUUUACUAAUUAUACAACAUAGGUUGUAAACUGUUUUUAGAAAUUUUUAAACGAAGAGUUUUUGAUAAUUAUCUGCGACUGUGGCACGGUUUCAUUGAAAAUCGUCCAGUCUUAUGUUUGUAUAAAAAAAUGUUAAACGAUGCUAUUACAUACAAAUCAAAUGGCCAAAAUAGAGUAACUCGCCACGAAAGAUGAUACUGUUUAUAUUGCGUCACAUUAGAUACGAAUAUUGUUGUAUAAAAAAUAGAAAUACCUUAAGAUGAAUUGUACUGGAAUAGGCCAUCCAUGUUCAAAUUCGCAGAACUGAUUACUACAAAUAAGCAUCUAGCUUGACAUAUUAAAGAAUCCAUUAAUACAAAAGCGCUAUUUAAACGCUAAUAGUUGAUUGUAUAUUAUGUGCCUAAUAUAUUAUGUGCCUCAUAUACUUGAGUUGCCAAAAUAUUACAGAUGUUCCUUAGAGCAUUCCAGUUUGUAGACAGAGAAGGUAUACUACCUAUAUAUGUUACUUAUUUUCAUAUCAAUGUCUUCCUGGCUGUUUUGAUUAUAUCAAACAGUACUUACUCUGUGAAAUGUUUCACAAAUGUUCUUUGGACCGCUUGGGUGUUUAUUGUCCCAAUUAUUAGGGACUGUUUUCAUUCUGUGACGCAUUUCAUAAGGCCCUUGCUAAUUCAUUUUACUAGUUUAAAACAUAAGAUAUUUUUAUUCUAUUCUGUUCUGUCAUAUAAUAAUGAUAAGUCAGAAAAUGAUAUACGUAUUGUAUUACAGUUUAUACAAAGGUUAAACCUACUGACUCGUCCUUGUUUGAACAAAUAUUUAAACAAACAUUUCUAUGUGCCAUACCGAUUUAUAUCUGUUUUAUUAAAGAACAGUUUAUAUUGUACAUAAAGUAAGGUGAGUUAUAGGCACAUUUUGUACUAAUGUUUAUUGUAAUAUACUAGCAACUUAAACAAUUUCUUAUUCUAUCGAAUAUGUUCCGGUGCAAGAAUGCAUUUAUGCUAAUUAUAAAAUACGCAUGUUAUACGCGUGUAUGUUUCAUCCUCUAUAAUACUAUGUUAACUUACACUUUUUACACGU